AUGGAGCGGUGGGUCGGGGCUGCAGGGGGCUGGGGCUCCCUCUGGGGAGCCUGUUGGGGCCGCUGGCAGGGCUGGGAGCUCUUGGCCGCCUGCGCGGUUAUCGGGGCCGUGGGCUGGCUGCUGCGGCUUCUAGAGAGGAGGCCGGGAGGCCGCGGGGCGCCGGAGGCGGCCAUCUCCUCCUCCCCGGCACCCCUGUCUGCGGGGAGCCGGCGCUGCAGCGGGAGCCGCCCAGGUGAGAUAACAAUGGAUGCAAUAUUAUCCCGACUGAAGCAGCUCAGCUCUGAUGAGCUUAGAGAAGAAAUUGUAAGAGCAGGACUGAAGUGUGGGCCCAUUACCUCCACUACUAGGUUUAUUUUUGAAAAAAAAUUGGCCCAGGCAUUGUUGGAGCAGCAAGGAGGUUCAGAGGGAAAAGGAUCUCUGUCAGAGGAGGCUGCUGGAAAUGUCCCAUCUGGUAGCAGCCGGGCAGAAGCACAGGAGGCUUUGAAAACCGCAGCAGUGAAUCACAACGGUCACAGAAGUGUUUCUGAAGACACAGACUUUGGGUACUGUGUAGGUCUGAACCCUCCAGAGGAAGAUGAUGUGAUCCACAUGAAGUGUUCACCUCCUGCCUGUGGAGCGGGAUGUGUUGAUUCACAAAUUAGUACUCAGACACCACCCAAAGAGCCUCCACUGUUCUAUGGUGUGUGUCCAGUUUAUGACGACAUUUUGGCAAGAAAUGAGAGAAUACAUGUUUAUGAAGAUAAAAAGGAAGCUCUCCAAGCUGUUAAGAUGAUUAAGGGUUCCCGUUUUAAAGCUUUUUCAAACAGAGAGGAUGCUGAAAAAUUUGCUAAAGGCAUCUGUGAUUAUUUCCCACCUCCAAGCAAGUCUUCUUUAUGUUUGUCUCCAGUGAAAAUGGCAUCAUUUAACAGAGAUGGUUUAUGUUCUCCUGAGACUGAAACUGCUAAUAAGGAGAGAGCCAACAGUUACAAAAGUCCACGUACCCAAGAUCUUAAUGCUAAGCUUCGGAAGGCUGUGGAGAAAGGAGAUACUGCAACGUUUUCAGAACUUAUUUGGAGUAACCCUCGUUACCUGAUUGGGUCAGGAGACAACCCAACAGUUGUACAGGAAGGGUGCAGGUAUAAUGUCAUGCAUGUUGCUGCCAAGGAGAACCAAGCUGGUAUCUGCCAGCUAUUGCUGGACACUUUGGAAAAUCCUGACUUUAUGAGGCUUAUGUAUCCAGAUGAUGAUGAUGUAAUGCUGAAGAAUCGCAUCCAAUACAUUGUUGACCUUUACCUUAACACACCAGAUAAAAUGGGAUUUGAUACUCCAUUGCAUUUUGCAUGCAAGUUUGGGAAUUUGGACGUUGUUAAUGUGCUUACCUCACACCCAGCUAUUGUAAAAAAUCCAAGAAACAAAUACGAUCAGACUCCAGCAGAAGUAGUUUGUGAAAGAAGCAAGAAUAAAUCUGCAGAACUGAAAGAAAAACUAAGAGAGUACUUGAAAGGUCGAUACUAUGUACCACUCUUGAGAGCAGAGGACAAUUCUUCAGCUCCUGUCAUUGGUGCUCCAUGGUCACCUGAUCAGACAGAUGAUAGCCCCCAAAGAACUUUAUCUAAGUACAGCGGCAGCCCCAAAGAUCCAGUGUUGUCAAUAAGAGCAUUUGCAGGCCCCAUGAGCCCCUCAAAGGCUGAAGAAUUCCGCAGGCUUUGGAAGACUCCCCCUCGAGAGAGAGCUGGCUUCUUUCGUAAUGUCAGGAAAUCUGACCUGGAGAGAGGUGUUGAAAGAGUUGGAAGGGAGUUAGCUCAUGAACUGGGGUUCCCGUGGGUUGAAUACUGGGAAUUUCUGGGCUGUUUUGUUGAUCUGUCUUCCCAGGAGGGGUUGCGAAAAUUAGAAGAGUACCUGAGUCAUCGGGAAAUGAGCGAAAAGGCUCAGCAAGAAACAGGGGAAAAUGAAACCUCCAAUAGAUAUAAAACUCCACAUCCACCUGGCAAGAGUAAGAAAUGCUGCAAUUCUAUUUCUGUUGGAGCUUUUUUGGAUGAGGAUGAUGAUGACAUGAGCUUAGAAGAAAUUAAAAACAGACAGAAUGCAGCACGGAACAUCAGCCACCCUAUAGUGUCCCAGGAGCCCAGCAUCAGUGAGAUUGGAGAAGCCCAGUGCGAUAUCUUGUCAAUGGAGAGGGCAGUAAGCAUCAUAGAAGCAAGAGAUCACCCCAGGCACUAUGAAAAGGCAGCUUCUUCCAGCAAAAAUGGCUUCUGCAAUCCUGUGGCCACUGAAAGGAUCAUGAGUGACAGAAGGCAUUUGCGUGAUGGAGGAGGAUGCCUUGGCUCCUCACCUGUUUCCAAUUUAAUGUCAGAAUUUGAAAGCCUCUCUGUCCAAGAACAAGAGCUUGGAGGAGAACCAAAUACAAUUGCUGCAAAAACUGAGGAGAGAGACCGUAUGGAUAAGGCCUGCUAUGCAGUUUCGCUGGCCAGUUCUGAGCCAAGUGUUACAGGUAAAUCUGGAGAGACCAAGUUAAGGACAGAACACAAAAUACCAUCAGAGAAGGAGAGGCUGGCCAUGGAAUCUGGAAUUCAAGCUAACGAGGCACAACAGCAUCAGGAACUUUCUUCCCAGAAAGUGUUUUUGAAGGCAUUGCCUACAUAUGACACUUCUAGGAAGCUGUUCCUGCUCGGGGAGCAGCCCUCAAAGCUGGACAGUGAUGUCUUGGCAGCUAUAGAAGCAGCGGAGGUCGACCCACAGAAGUAUCCCUUUGUUUCCAGAUGGAAGCACAUGGUGGAGUCAUACUCCUCAUCUGACAGGCAAAGCUGGCCAAGUUCAGCACUGAAGGAGAGGGUCAUGGCUGCUGGCCUUCCAAAUGCUUCAGUGUAUUCUAAUUCAGGAAGAAAUAGUCCCAUAACAGGAAGCCCAGGAAAAUAUGGCAAUGCCACCUCCUUCUGGCCAGAGCCUGGGAGUCCUGGGCGCUACAGUCCCGUUGGUGUCAACCAUGCUCUGCUGAGACUGCGUUCUUAUUCAGAGCCUCCUGCCCACUAAAACAAGGUUCAUCUUCCUGGGACUUCAGUUGCAUUUUCGUUGGUAGAGUGGAGGAAAACUACAAUGUUACUAAAGUGACAUGAGGUUUGUACCUGGCUAUUUAUUUUUCCUCAAUUGAGGACAAAUGUAUGUUUAAAAAAACCGUUGACUAUAUGUCUUUAUGCCAUAUAUGGGAUAGAAUACUGGUGAUAUGCAAGAAGUUAGUGACAGUGCAGUUGUCCAGUAGCUAUGAAUUAACCCUUGUUGCCAGUAAAGCAGUGAGCUGAACCUUUACUUAGAAGUGGUGGGAUUUUGCCAUCACCAGUUGUCGUUGUAAUGAACCUCUUAGCCCUCAACUGCAUUGCUUUUGUUUGGAUAGUCUGGAGGAAGCACAUCAUCAGUAAAGAGAAAUCUUAGGAGAGGAAACUGAUGGCAAGUAAAACCUUCCUCCACGUGCAGGAAGAGUGGUCAAAGUUGAAGAGCCUAAAACAAAACCUAGGUGAUGAUAGCUUUGUUGUGCUGAGAAUGACUC